CUUCGACAAAUCGCGAGUACUUUGUGGCUUUUUUCUCAUAUGGGAUCUGCCUCCAAGAGUGGUGAGGGUAUCGGGAGCGGAACUGCAGGGGGGCAGGUUUCUCUGGUGCUGCCUCGGCUUGGGGUGCAGAGGCUCUGCUGUAGCACAACAAGCUCUUCCCCCACGGCAGCUCAGGCGCCUUGAUAUGCGGAGAAAAUUGCAGCAUGGGGGGCCGCGUCGUAGCUCUAACGAAGGCAUUACUGACGGGAACACACUUGGUCAAUAUCACAAGCGUGGCGCCUUUUGCUCAGUAGCGAUGGUAGGUCAUCGGGAUAGUGAGCCAACACCAUGAAGGUUCCCCAAAGAGUUGCCCAUUUGUCUGCCGUUAACACAUUUGUCGUUGCCUAUUGUCUUUCUGUUUCUCGUCUUAAGGCGUAAAAUUUUCAAGAAAGGAAACGCAGAUACCUCUGUGACGAAAAGGGAUGGGGCCAUGCUCUAGCUUUCUCUUUUUCUUACAAUUUAGUCUGGCGUGGCGUUUUUUGUCGAUGCGAUGCACCCCGACUUUCUAUUGCCCAAAGCGGCGCUAUGCAGAAGCAGUUCGCGCAGGCAGCGCCACCCCCGAAUCCAAGACACAAACGCAAAAAGCAUCUGAAAGCCGACCGAUCCCGACGACAACAGCAGGCGCACAUGCUAUCAAGACAUACCCGCAAGAUGCCAGGCCCAAGCAUCAAAAGCCGAGGCCCCGAUGCACGGCUGCCCAGGUACUUCAAAACAUAGGACACAGGGAUGCCACAGGUCCAGCCAGGCGGACUCUGCAGCUUACAGGUAGUUUAGGAAACCGUUACGAUUUCUUUUUUGGUUAUUUUGAUAAGACAAAUUUCGCACCCGAUGGCACCCGUGUGCUGGUCUCACGAACGAGAGUUAGCGCCCGAAUUGACAAUGCGGAAGCGUCUGGUUGGUACCAAGGUUGUCGCGAUAAUAGAAAGCCAUUUCCUGUGCUCGAAAUCGGGUUCAUCGACUUCUGUGAACAGAGGGACACUGUGGGUUUCCCUUUCCACAAAAUAGGAGAAACAACAGCAUGGAAUGUGCACCAAGGUGCACAGGCGCAAUGGGUUGGCGAAGAUAUUAUCUUCAACACACGGACAGGCAAUAGUGAUUUCUUUCAAGCUGUACGGUUCUGGUAAUUGGUAACCUGAGUUUAAUCCUAAGUAUUUUCUUCUUAUUUUCUUUAGGAUCAAACUCAGGUUACGUAAUACCGGAACCAUUCACAAGCAAGGGUCGCCGCGCUGAGUGGGAAAGUGUUAAAAGAGUAUGCUGCACCCAUCUACUCACUCUCCCAUGAUGGAGCUUUGGCAGCUGUGCUGAACUACACACACCUAAAUAUCUGCUCCCAAUACGGGUACGCUAGCGAGAAUCUCGGAAAUUUUUGCUCCACUGCAGCCCACCUCAUUGCAGAGGAUUCCUCGCAGUUCCUCGCGGUACUGGAUCUCGCUAGUGGACAAGUUUCCAAACUAAUCUCUGUGAGUGACGUGGCAGCUUUCUUGGUGGGCGAGGGAGUUCUGCGGCGUCACAAGAGGAGCUGGUAUCGGUAUAUCAACCACGCCCAGUGGAGCCGGGACUCUACGGAGCUGAUCUUUCUUUACCGCGAGCAGCAUGGGAAGACCCUUGAUGACCGGUUCACAUAUGGCGUAACGAUCAAUAUCCACACCAAGAAAAUGCAUCUCGUAUCAAAGUCAGGCAAAGAUGGCUGUGUCUCGCACCAUGAUUACGGCUAUAGCAACACGCUACUGUGUGUUAACAACCGGUAUUGGGAAUAUAAAGAGCACAAGUUGCACACCGUCCACGCUGACCCACUUACGCGUGUCAACGGGCACCCCACUUUUUCAAAUUUCGACGUGCCAGGCCCAGGAAGAUUUAUCUUGUCAGACACCUACCCGAAGCCCUUUCUGGGCGCCCGUGCUGGUACUACCGAAGAUGGGCCCCUGAGCAGAGCGAUUUCUCGGAAGCAACGUAUGCAGCACCUCUAUAUAUUCGAUCGGCGAGCGUCGCAGGCGCGGCUAAUCGCCUGGCUCCCAGCUGGCUACUCCGACCUUCACCCUCGGUGGGAUAGGGUGGGUAGUCUUGUGACAGUUGACAGUGGCAAUGACAGGCGCAGGCACCUUUAUUCUGUCUUUGUCGAAGAUAUUCUUAGCGACUUUCGGGCCGGCAAAGUGAGCACAAACAGGAAUCAGUCCUAUUCCCUCGAUAACAACGGCGGGCUCUCUCUGUCAAUGCCAUCUCGGCUGGCUCAGUGAAAUACUCUCGACCAUUCAGGGUGGCUCUUCUAGUGCCUAGCCGCGUGCUGGAGUGGUGUUCGACAUGGUAGGCCCCGUCCAUCAGGUCAACAGAGUGACCGCGCUGGGAGAGAAGCGCCGACGACCGCGGCUGGGGCUUUUGGUAGUGUCUGCGCCCUAUCACCAUGAAGGAGGUGGCAGUCACUUGGGCAUAAGGAUAAGGCGGCCCCCUUCAGUUGCGUGGUGACAUUCAGGGCCUUGCCCGUCUGUCGGUGGUGUGUGUGCGUGCAGUCGAUUGCAAUCGGGGAGGCUGCUCGGAUUUGGGCGACAGUGACAGAAGGGCGGUCGGCUUAGCUGCUGCACCUGGGAGCCAUUCUGCUAGCCAGUCGGGGCGCCAAGAUGCGGGCCUUACGCGUCAGCAAAAAACGCGCGCUGGGCGUAAGAUGGGGCGCCGCGUGUGACGUGUUCACGCCGUUGGCUGACAGGAUUCCCGAGCGACUGUGACAACACGCUCAGAGUUGUGUGGGCUCUAGUGUGGGGCGUGGGUGUGAUUCGUUCUUCGUGUUGCAUCAGAUGGGCUGGUCAUUGGUGCUUGGCGCACAACUUCACCCAUGGCGCAGCAUUGCCCACAGAGCUGGGCUGCUAGCGUGUCUCGGUCUUGUUCGUUGUGGAGAGCGCGCACCACAGAGGAACAGGCAGGGGCUUUCAUGGUUCUGCAAGUAGUUAGAGGGCAGAAGAUGUGUGCCAAGCCGAAGAACAACACAAGAAGGUGGAAGAAGUAGAGCCGCGGACAGUAUGAAGACCAGCGAUCUGCCGCAGCCCGUUGGGCACGAGAAGAAGGGGCAAAGAAUUAGAAGCCGACGCGCACUAGGAGGGCCAAAAGCUUGAAGCGCUGAAACCCCUCCAGCCUCAGUGUUCUUGACAGUCUGAAAAGGGAAAAAAGUUUAGGAAUUCUAGAACACCUUCUAGCAGGUCUUCAAUUUUCCG